AUGCCGGCGUUUGUCUGCUCAGAACAGAACUGCGGCCUCGCCUUCCGACGACGAGAGCAUCUCAUACGCCACGAGCGCAGACACACCAAUUCGAAGCCAUUUUCCUGUAGUCAGUGCAGCCGCUCGUUCUCUCGCAGAUCGGAUGGCGAACUGGCUCUGCUAAUUCACCUCGGCAGCGACGUUCUGAAGCGUCACAUUCUGCACCACAGCAAGCACACGCCUUUGAGUCGUGCCGCCAGUGCUUGCGAUUUCUGCCACCGCCGGAAGGUCAAAUGCGACGGCCAGGAGGAAUGCGCCAGGUGUCGAGAGGCGAAUCGUGUCUGUCGUCGAACCCGGCGGAUACUCAAUAGCGAUCCCUUUCCGCACGAGUCGCUGCCCACGGAUGCAGAAAUCACUAUCCGUUGUUCGAAUGCAGAUACGGACAAUCGAGUGGUUACGUCGUUGUUGGCUUACCCCUACCACAGUCCACGAAACCGAAGCGAAGGCAUUGAUGAUGCACGAAGCAACUUGAAUCUACCACAGCCUGAACAGCAUCCGAGAGAAAACCCAAAGCAGGAUGUAACAGAACCUGAAAACAACCAGAGUAUGGAGCGAUACACUGCUCGCGAGAAUCAUGCUGGUAGCUCAUUCAGCAUCUCGGACCUGCUGUCCAUUGAUGGGUUUGGCUCUAGUCUUCAAGAAACUUCUUUCAUGGGGCUGCAUAAGCUCACUUCUCCAACCAUCCAUGAAACUCGCAGCAUGAAUGAUUUCUCGCAGAGGCUAAAUCUGGAGAAUACUAGCCCGGUACAUCCAUCUUCAGAGGGAAGGUCUGAAGUUGAUAGGGGAAGUGAACGAGAUGAGGUCAACUUUCCUGAGCCUUCGUCCGGACAUGUGCUACCCGAUACACAAACCGUCAACUUCCAGCAAGAACGAAAUAUAGGUCCCCCGGACACCACGGGUGGGCGUCGUGCUUCCGUCCAAGCAGCAAAUGAUGGACACGACGGCGCGAAUAAUGAUGCCCUGGCACUCCUCGGUCUGAGCCAAUCAAGCGCCCCUGGACCCAACAUCUUCCAGUCCUGGGAGGAAUCCCUUCAGGCUAGCUUCGCACAAUCUCCAAAUACAAAUUCCUCAGCCUCGGGGCAUCGUCGACAGUCAGAAGCGUCAUACGACAUAGAUGAAUUAACAGCACUACAUCACAAGAGUAGGACUCAACUUGACUUCCAUUCGUCUAGAGGCGAGACAGUCUGGGAGAGCAUGUCUGUAGGCACCCCUGGGAACCAUUCCACUGCCAGCUUCCCGAUACCUGCCGAGCUAGGGCAUGCCUCUGCUACAAUAUUGGAAAAGCGAAUGAUUGAUAGGUACUUUUCCAGCUUCCACAACCACUGGCCGAUACUGCACAAAGCGAGUUUCAGUCUGUCCCAAUGCACCUCCGAGCUCCAGCACGCGGUUGGCUUGAUAGGCGGUCUUCUGGAGGGCGAUCCUGACUCGCGAGCUCCUUCAAUACGACUGCACAAAUGGUUGUCUCAACGGGUGCUGCUACAAGCCAUAGAGGUUAGUCUGCGUCUCACGCCUCCGAUUACAUGGUCUAACUUGUAA